CGACUACGAAGAGCGACAGCGAAAGAAAGGCGCGAAAGCUGUUGGUGAAGAAGCUCACCGGCGCCGCGAAGAGUUGGAGCAAGAAGCGGAACUAGGGAGACAGCGGAAGCUGCAGCGGAGCGUGCAAUGAGGGAUUGCAUGGUGCGGUGAGAUACCCAAAUAUUGUACAGAGUCUCUGAUCCAGACAGAUUCGUAUCCAAUUGAAACAUCGUCAUUCUACCACUACGGUGUCCUGUAAGUAAGACCGGGCAAUAUUGAUCUCUUGCUGUUUGCAUGGGCACCUGCAGCUCUUCUUUCGCCAAGCCUGGCGCCUGAAACUCGUGCCAAGCACCAACGGCACUGCAGCAUCCCGCCAGGAGUCAUCUCGAACCGAUCUUGCCCUCCGCACAGUACACCUUCGCUCCGACACUAUAUCAUUCCAUCCGCAAGCAUGACAGACAUUUCAGCUCCCUCAACGGGAGAAGCUGGAAAGACGACCGCUGGCACGUCUCAAGAUCCGGCGCCCAUUAAUCUCGAAGGGCAAUUGCUUGCGGACCUCAAGUCGUCUCUUGCGACUCACGCUCGAUCUGCAACAUUUGCCUGUGGCGGCAGCAUCUUAAUUGCCACAGCGGACACAUCCGUGAACGAUACUGAGGAGUCUGGCCCGGUCAAUGCGCCGGUCCAGGUUCGCUUUGGUGACAGCGGCAAGGGUGUUACAGCUAUUUUUCCCGGGGACCGAAACAACAUCUUCUGACUUUCAAGCACUCCUCAGCGCCUGCCAGCCUGCCUCAUUUGGUCGUGGCGGAGAUGAAGUCCACGAUGAGGAGUAUCGGAAAGCUGGCAAGUUAGACCGAUCUGCUUUCGCCACUUCCUUCUGCCCGUACGAAGCAGGCAUUAUUGAUGUUGUCGGCCAGCUUUUACUGCCACAAACGAAGCACCUGAAAGAUAAGAGAAGCAUCAAGGCCCAGCUCUACAAGCUCAACAUAUACAGUGGGCCUAACGGCAAAUUCAAGGCUCACGUCGAUACUCCGCGCAGCGAAGAACAACUUGGCAGUCUGGUCGUUUCUCUGCCUGUUGCUCACGACGGCGGUCAACUGGCCGUACGUAAUGCUGGACAGGAACUCAUCUUCGACUGGUCCCAAAAAUCUGGCGCACCUGCUUACAUUGAACGGGCAGCCUUCUAUAGUGACUGCGAGCACGAAGUGUACGAGGUUACCAGUGGACAUCGCGUGACGCUCACCUACAACCUCUUCAUGACUCGUAAGUACUUGAUUAAUUGGUGA